GAGCCGCCUCCGGAGGGACCGGGGUGAGGGGAGGGGGGGAGCGCUGCUCGGCGUGCUCUCUCUCUCUCUCUCACUCUCUCUCUCUCCUCCGGGGACGCGGGGACGAAGAGGCAGCCCCGGGGCGCGCGCGGGAGGCAUGGAGCGCUGCCCCAGCCUGGGGGUCACCCUCUACGCCCUGGUGGUGGUCUUGGGGUUGCGGGCAGCACCGGCCGGCGGCCAGCACUAUCUGCACAUCCGCCCGGCUCCCAGCGACAACCUGCCCCUGGUGGACCUCAUCGAACACCCGGACCCUAUCUUUGACCCUAAGGAGAAGGAUCUGAACGAGACGCUGCUGCGAUCGCUGCUCGGGGGCCACUACGACCCGGGCUUCAUGGCCACCUCGCCCCCGGAGGACCGACCCGGAGGGGGCGGGGGACCGGCCGGGGGUGCCGAGGACCUGGCGGAACUGGACCAGCUGCUGCGGCAGCGGCCGUCGGGGGCCAUGCCGAGCGAGAUCAAAGGGCUGGAGUUCUCCGAGGGCUUGGCCCAAGGCAAGAAGCAGCGCCUCAGCAAGAAGCUGAGGAGGAAGUUACAGCUGUGGCUGUGGUCGCAGACCUUCUGCCCGGUGCUGUACGCGUGGAACGACCUGGGCAGCCGCUUCUGGCCGCGCUACGUGAAGGUGGGCAGCUGCUUCAGCAAGCGUUCCUGCUCCGUGCCCGAGGGCAUGGUGUGUAAGCCCUCCAAGUCCGUUCACCUCACGGUGCUGCGGUGGCGCUGUCAGCGGCGCGGGGGCCAGCGCUGCGGCUGGAUUCCCAUCCAGUACCCCAUCAUCUCCGAGUGUAAGUGUUCCUGCUAGAACUCGGGGGGCCCCCUGCCCGCGCCCAGACACUUGACGGAUCCCAACCGACGCCCCCACACACACACCGCCUCCAACCAGUUCCACCACCCUCUAGCGAGGGUUUUCAAUGAACUUUUUUUUUUUUCCUUCUUCUUCUUCUUCUUGGCUACAGAGACCUGGCUUUCUGGUUCAUGCAAUGCACUGUUUAACUGUGUAGGAAUGUAUAUGUGUGUGUAUAUACGGUCCCAGUUUUAAUUUACUUAUUAAAAGGUCAGUAUUAUACGUCAAAAGUUACCGGCUUCUACUGUAUUUAAAAAAAAGAAAAGCAAGCUAAGAAAAAAAAAAGAGCAGAGAAAAAGAGAGACUUAUUCUGGUUGUUGGUAAUAAUGUUAACCUAUUUAUAGCCCACAGUGUCCUUCGCAUGGCGAAGCAGGGGGGAAAAGUUAUUUUUUUCUUAAAAGUACAAAGAGAGGGGGAACGUUUGUAGAAGGACUUAAAAAAAAAAGCUAUUUUCCAUUCUUCGGAAAGUGUUUUGAUUUUCCCUAGACCUCGAAGAAGCUAUAGAGUUCAAUGUUAUUUUACAGUUAUUGUAAAUAUAGAGAACAAAUGGAAUGACUAAUCAUUGUAAAUUAAGAGUAUCUGCUAUUUAUUCUUUAUAAUAUCCCGUGUAGUAAAUAAGGAAGAAGUGCAGAACAGGAUUAAAGAAAACCACUAAA